AUGGCCAGUCCUCCCGUACUUGCUUUCGAUGCUGAGGGCCGCCCAGUGAAAUUUGACACCUGGCUAGAUGACCUGCACCUCUUCCUACAGCUCACUGCCAAGGAGGAUAUUUCGCUGUACGAUCAUGCCCUCGGUCACGCUACUGCCCCUCCUACCACUGCUGACAGCACUCAGCGCUCACAGUGGCAGACUCGUGACGCCCACGCUCGCUUCGCUAUUCGCAACUCCCUGCCACUAGAUGAGCGCGAGCACUUUGGCCAGCACAAGACUGCUAAGGACCUGUACACUGCUGUAGUUGCUCGUUACUCCUCACCUGCCUCUGCCGCACUAGGCCGCCUCACCCUCCCCUACCUGUUCCCCGACCUGGCCUCCUUCAGCACAGUCGCUGACCUCAUCACCCACCUCAGGACCAGUGAGGCCCGCUUUCGCGCUGCUAUGCCUGACGAGUUCCUUGCCAGCAACCCCCCCCCGCUCUGGAUCACGCUCUACCACAUCGUCACCCGCCUCCCUGACUCUCUGCGCGCAGUCAGGGAUCACUUCCUCGCUCGCUCUCCCACUGAGCUCACCAUUGCCCUCCUCGAGAAGGAAUUGCUUGCAGCUGAGGCGAGCAUCGUCGCUGUAGGCACCUCUCGUGGCGACCCCCGCACCCCGUUCUUUGAGGGGUGUUCCCCUUCCCCUCUCCUCCCCUCUGUCGCCUCUGCUGCUGCUGUCGACCUCCUUGGUGCUGAGAAGGUCGGGGCUGCGUCUGCUCCGAGCGGGCGCCGCAGGGGCAAAGGGGGCAAGGGUGGAGGUGGCGGCGGGGGAGGCGGGAGUGGUGGCGGUGGGGGUGGCGGUGGGACUGGAGAGGCUAGUGGCGGCAGUGGGGGUGGUGACAGCAGCGGCGGGAGCGGUGGCAGGGGCGGAGGCGGCAGCGGAGGCGGAGGUGGUCGUGGCGGCGGCAGGGGUGGAGGUGGCCGGGGCGGUGGCGGCGGCGGUGGUGGUCGUGGAGGCGCUGGCGGUGGACAGAGUCAGCAGCCCGCCCCGUCGCUUCAGGCCGCCCGUGAGUGGUAUGCGCAGCGUGGCUUUACCUGCACGUACGUCAUUCGCACUGGUGACCGCACUGGCCAGCAGUGUGGGAGGCCGCAUCCCACACAGCGCUGUUUCGCGCGCCUUACUGACGCGUGGCGUGCCCAUGGAGAGGGUGCUCAGUACUUGCGUGUUCCGCCCGACCCGGGCAUUCUGACCAGUCCGGCUGCCGCUCUAGGUGCUAGUGAGUCUGCUGCCCCAGGUCCUGGUGAGGCUGCUGCUCUAGGUGCUAGUGAGUCCGUGCCCUCUGGUACUGAGUCGACUGCAGCACUGCACACCUUCACACUGGACUCAGGUGCUUCUCGCUGUUUCUUUCGUGACCGCACUGUCCUUGAGCCGCUUGCUCGGCCAGUUGCUGUCUCCCUCGCUGACCCCUCUGGGGGUCCGGUCGUUGCGACCUCCUCCACUGUCCUUCCUUGUCCUGCGGUCCCGUCAGGCACACUGUCAGGCCUCUACCUCCCCUCGUUCUCUACGAACUUGGUGGCAGGUAGUGCGCUCCAGGACGGGGGUGUUCACCAGUUCACCCCUGCUUACGAGCGCGUGACCCACUGCACGUGUGCUCGGACGGGCCGUCACCUGGCUACCUUCACUCGGCAGCCGGGGUCGGACCUGUACACACUGACCACUGAGUCCCCUCAGGUAGCUGCGUCCGCGUCUGCGUCUGCGUCAGGUCAGCUGUCCGCCCCCUGCUCGUGUCGCUCUCUGGCGCAUGAGACUGUCCUCUGGCACCACCGCCUUGGUCACCCGUCUGUGCAGCGCCUUCGGGCCAUGCACAAACGGGACCUUGUUGCUGGUCUUCCCAGGGUUCUCCCUCCCCUCCCACCCUCGCCUGCUCCUCCCUGUCUUCCCUGUGUCGAGGGGCGGCAGCGAGCCGCUCCUCACUCCUCCUCCUUCCCCCCGACGACUGCUCCUUUGCAGACGCUCCACAUGGACGUGUGGGGCCCAGCCCGCGUUCGUGGUCAGGGUCAGGAGAGGUACUUCCUGAUUGUUGUUGACGACUUCUCGCGCUACACCACGGUCUUCCCCUUGCGCACCAAGGGUGACGUCCCUGAUGUCUUGAUCCCUUGGAUCCGCAGAUCUCGUCUCCAGCUCAGUGAGCGUUUCCGCUCCGACUUCCCUGUCCUGCGUCUGCACUCUGACAGAGGUGGGGAGUUUUCCUCUGGCCUCUUGGAGGCCUUCUGUCAGCAGGAGGGCAUUGAGCAGUCGUUCACGCUUCCGGCCUCUCCACAGCAGAAUGGGGUUGCUGAGCGCCGCAUUGGCUUGGUCAUGGAGGUCGCUCGUACCUCCUUAGUUCAUGCGGCUGCCCCCCACUUUCUGUGGCCGUUUGCAGUCCGAUACGCUGCGCAUCAGCUCAACCUCUGGCCCCGUGUCUCCUUACCGGAGACCUCUCCGACACUGCGUUGGACGGGAGAGGCUGGCGAUGCGUCGUGUUUUCGGGUCUGGGGAUCUCGAGCUUUUGUUCGCGAUACGUCCGCGGACAAGCUCUCCCGUCGAGCUGUCCCCUGUGUCUUCCUUGGCUUCGUCCCGGACGCGCCUGGUUGGCAGUUCUACCACGCCACCUCGCGUCGUGUCCUGGCCUCUCAGGACGUCACUUUUGACGAGUCCGUCCCCUACUACCGCCUCUUCCCCUACCGCACUGCCCCGCUCCCCCCCCGCCUCUCUUCCUCGCUCCAGGUAGACCCGGUUGAGCCUGUCGAGGUAGCUGUUGACUCUCGUCCUGCUGGGGGUGCUGAGCCUGACCGUGAGGAGUCUGAGGGUACUGAGCCUGGGGGUGCGGAGCCUGGGGGUGCGGAGCCUGGGGGUGCGGAGCCUGGAGGUGCGGAGCCUGGGGGUGCUGAGUCUGGAGGUGCUGCGUCUGGGGGUGCUGCGUCUGGGGGUGCUGAGCCUGGGGGUGCUGAGCCUGGGGGUGCUGAGUCUGGGGGUGCUGAGCCUGAGCGUGCUACACCUGGAGGAGCCCUCUCCUCCCGGCAGCUGCAGGAGAGGUACCUACAGUACUGCCGCCUCCGGAGAGGUGCUACUGGAGCUCGCACCAGUACUUCCCCUCCUGCCCAGGAGCUCCCCCCCAUUCAGCAGAUCCGAGAGUGGUACACGCGGCGCUGCAGUCUUCGGAGUGGUGCUCCUGGUGCUGCGGACCCUGGGGGUGGCGCUGCUGCUGGUGCUGAGGACCCGGACGUUGGAGCUGCUGUUGGUGCUGAGGACCCUGUCGCUGGUGUCCCUGCUGGUUCUGGAGACGCUACGCGACCGCGACCGUUCUUCGUACCACUUCUUCAGCAAAUUCUUGGUCAGGCUCCUCCUCCUUGUCCUCCUUCCUCCGUAGAGUGUCCUCCGCCUGUCCAGUCACAGUCACAGUUCCCGCCUGCCUCGCCUCUCCCUGCUCCCUCUCCUUACACUGGUCCCACGGGAGGUCUUACAGAGCGUCGUGAGCCUGAGUCUCGUCCUGCGUCGCCUGUUCGUACUGCUCGCACUGGUCGUCGUGUCCCACGUGAGCGUCCUCCUCCUGUCCCUGGCACUCACUACAUGACUCUGCGUCCCUCCACUGCUCCUCAGCGUGUUCCGCUGCCGUCUCCUCCUACGUCCUCUCUGCCUACUCUUCCUGAUCCGGAGUCUGACUCCCGUCGUGCUGCCAGUCCCACUGUCACCCGUCUCCUCGCUACUGUUGUCACUGACCCUACCUUUGAGUCCUCUGCUGCGUCUGCUCUGGUCGCUGAGUUGAUAGACUUUGCUGCCCGGUGUCGUCUAGACUACGCCACUAGCCUUGUUGCUGAGUCUGAGUCUGAGUCUGUCUGUCCUCCGUCCGUCGGGGGUGAGUGUGCUCUUGGCACGGACGUCCUUGAGGACAGACAGGAGGAGUUCCAGUGCUUUGCUGCUGCUUUGCCCCACCUCGUGUCCAUGCUAGUUGCCCCUGAGGGAGACCCGGAUGCACCAGACAUCCCGACCCCGCGCACUUACGCUGAGGCGAUGGCGGGUCCCUACUCCUCUCAGUGGCAGACAGCCAUGGACGCAGAGAUGGCUUCCUGGAAGUCCACACGCACCUACGUCGACGAGGUUCCCCCACCUGGGGCGAACAUCGUCAGUGGCAUGUGGAUUUUCAGGGUGAAGCGGCCACCGGGUUCUCCUCCGGUCUUCAAGGCGCGCUACGUGGCUCGAGGCUUCAGUCAGCGAGAGGGAGUUGACUUCUUCCAGACCUUCUCCCCCACCCCGAAGAUGACCACUCUUCGGGUGCUGCUGCACAUAGCCGCUCAGCGCGACUACGAGCUUCACUCGCUUGACUUCAGCACUGCUUUCUUGCAGGGCAGCCUGCACGAGGAGAUCUGGCUGCGCCGCCCUCCUGGUUUCACUGGGUCGGUUCCUCCUGGUACCCAGUGGAGGCUUCAGCGGCCGGUCUACGGUCUCCGCCAGGCACCACGUGAGUGGCACGACACACUGAGGACGACACUUGCGGCUCUUGGGUUCGCUCCCUCUACUGCUGACCCGUCACUGUUUCUACGCACAGACACCUCACUGCCGCCGUUCUACAUCCUCGUGUACGUCGACGACUUGGUCUUUGCCACUGCUGACACCGCGGCACUCGCCCACGUGAAGUCGGAGCUGCAGAGGAGACACACGUGCACAAACCUGGGUGAACUGACAAGCUAUCUUGGCUUGCGGAUCACCCGGGACAGAGCACGGCGCACCAUCACCUUGACUCAGUCACACAUGGUGCAGCAGAUCCUUCAGCGCUUCCGCUUCACGUACUCCUCGCCUCAGUCCACUCCUCUGCCUACCGGUCACUCGCUCUCAGCUCUGCCUUCGGAUGAGUCCGUAGAGCCGAGUGGCCUGUAUCCAGAGCUUGUGGGCUGCCUCAUGUACCUGAUGACCUGCACUCGACCUGACCUUGCAUACCCUCUUAGCAUCCUUGCGCGCUAUGUCGCUCCUGGCCGUCACAGGAAGGAGCACAUGGAUGCCGCUAAGAGGGUGUUGCGCUACUUGUGCAGUACGUCGGGCAUGGGGCUAGUGCUUGGAGGGCGAGACCGAGUUGUACUUACUGGACACUCAGACGCUUCUUGGGCGGACGACCAGGCUACUCAGCGGUCGUCUCAGGGUUACACCUUCAGCCUUGGCUCCGGCUCAGUUUCUUGGCGUUCUACACGCUCUUCUUCUGUUCUCAGCUCCAGUUGUGAGGCUGAGAUCUACGCCACAGCCAUGGCUGCCCAGGAGCUAUGCUGGCUGACCUACCUGCUGACCGACUUGGGAGAGCGGCCUCGUUCUCCUCCAGUGCUGUACGUCGACAACCAGGCUGCCAUUGCCUUGUGUGAGGAGCACAGACUGGAGCACAGAACGAAGCACAUCGCCCUGCGGUACUUCCUUGCUCGAGAGCUGCAGCAGCGUGGUCAGCUUCGUCUGCGUUACGUGGCCACUGAGGCCAACCUUGCGGAUGUGUUCACCAAGGCGCUUCAGCCUUGUGACCAUCAGCGUUUCUGUACUCUUCUAGGCCUUGUGCCUGCUGGACCCCACUUGCUUACUUCUUGA